AUGUCUUCUAAUUGGGAGCAACUUGCCGCAGACAAACGAGCUCGCAUUGCCAGCACGAUACCUUCAGAAUGGUUAAUUCGAGACCUUCCAAGCGAUGGCAAUGUAUUCGGAUUUCCAAAGGCAUCGGGACUACUUUCUGCGCGAGAGAUUGAGCUGACCGAAUCCUCGGCGACUGAACUCGUUGCACAAAUGGCCGAGGGGAAGCUGAAGUCGGUCGAUGUUACACUUGCCUUCUGCAAAAGAGCUGCUCUAGCACAGCAAUUGACGAACUGUGUACACGAGUUCUUCCCCGAGGAGGCACUCUCGCAAGCUCGAGGUCUAGACGACUAUUACGCCGAGCACAAAACGACCGUUGGACCUCUACAUGGUCUUCCCAUCUCUUUGAAAGACCAACUACGAGUCAAGGGCAAAGAAACAUCCAUGGGCUACGUUUCAUGGCUGGGAAAGUAUGACGACAAAGACUCUGUUCUUACAGAACUUCUUCGCAAGGCCGGUGCUGUCUUUUACGUUAAAACAAGUGUUCCUCAGACUUUGAUGGUCUGCGAAACUGUCAACAACAUCAUCGGAAGGACCACGAAUCCGCGCAAUAAGAACUGGUCAUGUGGUGGAAGUUCGGGUGGAGAGGGGGCUAUGAUAGGCCUUCGUGGAGGAAUCAUCGGUGUUGGAACCGAUAUUGGCGGCUCUAUCAGAAUUCCAUCCGCCUUCAACUUUUUAUACGGCAUUCGUCCCAGUCAUGGUCGGAUGCCCUACGCCGAUAUGGCAAACAGCAUGGAAGGACAGGAGACUAUCCACAGUGUCGUUGGACCUAUCGCUCACUCUGCAUCUGACUUGAGGCUCUUCCUCAAGUCAGUACUCCACGAAGAGCCCUGGAAUUACGAUUCUAAAGUUAUCCCGUUGCCUUGGAGAUACAAUUUAGAAGACGCUCUCAAAACAAAGCUGAACUCGACUGGUCUUACCAUCGGAUACUAUACAUGCGACGGCAACGUUCUCCCACACCCUCCAAUUCUACGUGGAAUUGAACGCGUGAUGGACGUCUUGGAACGAAACCAGCACAAGGUUCUACCCUGGACUCCAUACAAGCAUGAAUUUGCUGUUGAUCUUGCUAACAAGAUAUAUGCCGCGGACGGCUCCACGGAUGUGAUGAAGAGCAUUAACGCCUCUGGAGAACCAGCGAUCCCAAACAUCAAAAAUCUCCUCAGCCCAGAUAUGCCAAAGGCUGACUUGAAUGACGUAUGGGAUAUCCAUCUGCAAAAAUGGGAUUACCAGAUGCAGUAUCUAUCCAGAUGGCGAGAGGUCGAGGCCGAGCUUGGUUGUGAGCUUGACUGCAUAAUUGCUCCUAUCAGUCCAACGGCUGCUAUCCGACACAACCAGUUCAAGUAUUAUGGAUAUGCGUCUGCCAUCAAUCUACUUGACUUCACAAGCGUCGUCGUCCCGGUCACCUUUGCUGACAGCAAAAUUGAUGGUAAGCGUGCAGACUACACGCCCUUGAACGAUAUGGACGCAGCCGUCCAAGCAGAAUACGACCCCCAAGCAUAUCACGGUGCUCCGGUUGCUAUCCAAGUCAUCGGAAAACGACUCAGCGAGGAGAAGACAUUGGCGAUUGCUGAGGAAAUAGGAAGAUUACUGGGAAAUUCCGUAACACCUUGA